ACAUACAGCCAAUUUUUUUGUUUACGUUUGCAUUGCGUUUAUUGCCGCAUUUGUGAAUUGCAACUGCAAACGACGCGCGCCCUGCUUCUUCUGUGUUUGCAAUUUGUGUGAGCAGCGUUGACUCAAUUUGCAUUGAACUGUAAUUGCUCUGAAUUGAUUCACUCACGCACUUACACACAUUGACAGCGGCCAUCACAUCCAGAGCAGACACAAAAUCAAAUUUAAUUAAAAAAACAUCAAAAAUUCUUGUUUUUGAUAAUUGAUGUGCGGCAUUUGCUAGCUUUUGCUUUGCUUAACAUUGUGUUGCCGUCGACGUCGACGUCUUGGCUUCGUCGUCGAAGACACGUCAACACCAAACGGCAUCGCAUUUGAAAUCGGAGUCAAUUUUGUAGAACAUCUGAAUCUGAAGCUGAGUCAGUAGUGAAAAAAACACAAUAGCAAUCAAGUGUCGCGAAAUGCGUGUGAGCAACAUACGCAGCGGACGCAUUUGCCGUUUAGCGCUCUGUCUGCUGGUCAUCUUGCCGCUGCUCUAUCUGCUGGCCAACUGGAGCGAUCAUCACAAGCGCGUCCAAGAGGCGUAUCACCAGCGCUUUGGCGGCCCCAAAUUCAACCAUCAGCGCCUCGAGAAUAGGCCACGUGAGGUGCCCAAGCUAGUCGAGGGUCUGGGCAACUUUGAGCCGAAAGAUUUGAAGCCACGUACUGGUCCCGGCGAGAAUGGGGACGCGUAUACGUUGCCACCGGAAAAGAAGAACGUGGCGGAUGCCUCCGAGAUGGAGUACGGCAUGAAUAUUGCCUGCUCCGAUGAUAUAUCGAUGCAUCGUUCGGUGCGCGAAACGCGUCUCGAGGAAUGCAAACACUGGGACUAUCCAUACGAUUUGCCGCCAACAAGUGUGAUCAUUGUGUUCCACAACGAGGGCUUCUCAGUGCUAAUGCGCACCGUUCACUCGGUCAUCGAUCGUUCACCAAAGCACAUGCUCCAUGAGAUCAUUCUUGUCGAUGACUUCUCCGACAAGGAGAAUCUGCGCAGCAAGCUGGAUGACUAUGUUCAGCAGUUCAAUGGACUCGUCAAAAUAAUACGCAACAAGGAGCGCGAGGGCCUCAUACGAACACGCUCCCGCGGCGCCAUGGAGGCCACAGGUGAGGUGAUUGUAUUUUUGGAUGCGCACUGUGAGGUGAAUUUGAAUUGGUUGCCACCGCUGCUGGCGCCUAUUUAUCGGGAUCGCACUGUAAUGACGGUGCCCAUUAUCGAUGGAAUUGAUCACAAGACCUUCGAAUAUCGGCCGGUCUAUGGCAGCGAUAAUCACUUCCGCGGCAUCUUCGAGUGGGGCAUGCUGUACAAGGAGAACGAGGUGCCGCGUCGGGAGCAGCGUCGUCGCGCCCACAACUCGGAACCGUAUCGCAGCCCGACGCAUGCAGGCGGCUUAUUUGCAAUUAAUCGCGAAUACUUCCUUGAGUUGGGCGCCUACGAUCCCGGCUUGCUAGUGUGGGGCGGUGAGAACUUCGAGCUAAGCUUUAAGAUCUGGCAAUGCGGCGGCAGCAUCGAAUGGGUGCCCUGCUCCCGAGUCGGUCAUGUCUACCGCGGUUUUAUGCCCUACAAUUUCGGCAAGCUGGCCAGCAAGAAGAAAGGCCCACUCAUAACUAUCAACUACAAACGCGUGAUUGAGACCUGGUUUGAUGACACGCACAAGGAGUUCUUCUAUACGCGAGAGCCGUUGGCUCGUUAUUUGGACAUGGGCGAUAUUAGCGAACAGCUGGCGCUAAAGAAGCGUCUCAAUUGUAAAUCAUUCCAGUGGUUUAUGGACAACAUUGCCUAUGAUGUUGUUGACAAAUUUCCCGCUCUGCCGGCCAAUCUGCACUGGGGCGAACUGCGUUCAGUGGCUUCAGAUGGCUGUCUCGACUCCAUGGGUCAUCAGCCGCCGGCAAUAAUGGGUCUCUCCUAUUGCCAUGGCGGUGGCAAUAAUCAGCUUGUGCGUCUGAAUGCCGUCGGGCAGCUGGGCGUUGGUGAGCGGUGCGUGGAGGCAGAUCGUCAGGGCAUCAAGCUGGCCGUCUGCCGUCUGGGCACCGUCGAUGGACCCUGGAGCUACAAUGAGCACACCAAACAUCUCCUGCAUCGUGUGCACAAAAAGUGCAUGGCCCUGCAUCCAGCGGGUCAGCAACUAUCGCUGGGCCAGUGUGAUGUCAACGAUGGAUAUCAGAAGUGGCUCUUCAAGGAGAUACGUCCGCACUGGUAGGGCUAAGGGAAUCCAGUCAGGCAUUAAAGCAAUAUAUACAAAGGGUUUCAAUCGGAUGUGCACCGUGUCGACAAGGGGGACUUGAUGGUCAGGAGGGAGGGGGGAUGUUGUAGACAAAAGGAAUUUAGUGGAAAUGUAAACAAAUGGAAUUGUUGUUGGUUUUAUAACGUACACUUAGAAGACAGACAGGCAGACAGAUCCGACAAGCACAGGUAUAUUUUAUAAUAUACGGGAAAUGGGCUCUGUGGCAAUUCGGUGAGCACAUAAACAAAUCGCAUACCACUGAUAUUAGUAUGUUUAUCAAUACGAGCAGCCCUCAAUUCAAUCAAAGCAAUCCCAUCAUUUUAUUUACAUCUUUUUUGGCAACUGUUAAAUACUGUGUAGAAAAGCAAAGCUAUCCGUUAUCUGUCUGCUAUCAAAAUUAUUGACGGCCAGAAAAUCUCAUUCCAGAUAUUAUGUAAUUGAUUAAGUACGUAUUCUAGAUCCAGGAGAUAAUAUAUGACAACAAUUAUCUUAACCGAUUGCCCAGAUUGUACCCGCAUCUGUAAUACGUAUGUGUGUAUAUUUUUUUUGCUGUGCGUAGGGCGUGCGAGUGAGCGAGAGCGUCAGCGUUCGCCUGAUCGUGAGCAAGAUAGCAAUAGCGAGUGAGGGGAAAGUGUUCUUUUAGCUUGUGUGCGAGCGAGUAAGAGUGCGAAUCGUGUGCAAUAUAUACGACAUAUAUAAUAUAUAAUACAAUUGGCGCCAGUUCGUUCUACAUAGACUUGCCAGGACAUAUUCAUGAAUAUCAGAAAAUUAUUUUUAAAUGUUGUAGUACAUAUGUAUGCAUACUAUAACUCUACGUAAUACGCGUGUCUAUCUAUUUAUCUAUCUAUAUAUUUAUUAUAUGCCUUUGUUUGUCAUCUAAGUUUGUUGUUGCUGCUACAUUCCAUAAGCGACUAAAGCUCAACUAUAUACUAUAUAUAUGAUCAUUGCCAAUUUGUGACUAUUUUUUCUUGUUUUCCUAUUGAUUUUGUUAAUUUCAUUAAUUGCAAACGCUUAUUGUGUGGUAUUAAGAAAAAUAACAAAAAAAAACAAAACCCAAAAAUAAACCCAAUUUGCAACACGAGCAUUGUCGCAGUCGCUGUGUGUUUUAAAUGUACUUUUUUUGAUUAUACAUUCAUGUAGAUGUGUACAUGCAUAUAUACAAUAUAUAAUACCUAGGCUAAACACAUAUAUUAACAUUUACAUUCAAAUGUAACUCUAGAGUUCUAAGUCUGAAUAAUGAAUAGUAAUAAACAAGUUUUUUAAACACAAAGUGUUGCAACUGUA